AAUUAAGUUAUCAUGAUAAAUAAAAAAAUACUUGUGAUUACAGACAUUUCUCGAACUCUUCUUCUUGCAGAAAGAUUGGGUAAGUAAUUGUAUUUAGAUCGCAGAAGAGACUUAGAUAAUAUUAAACCUAAUGACAAAUAUGAGAAUUAUAGUAUUAUUUGGAGACCAGGUAGAGAAUUCUUUCUUGAUUCUCUCAUGAUUAAAUACAGGGAUAGAUUUGAUGUUGCAGUAUGGUCAAGCUUAGAUAGAGAUAAAACAGCUGCAUUUGCUAAGUCUUUUUUUGGAAAACAUUUCAGGAAUUUACUUUUUGUUAGCACUUGCAAUCGAGAAUAAUAUGAAGGUACUUAAAAAGACUAUAGUACUGAACCAAUUAAGAUUGAGAGAGAUCUAUCAUUGAUCAAUUAGAAAUUCCCAAAUUAUGAUCUCCCAAAUAUUGUUAUGGUAAAUGUAUAUCCUAAUCUUUUGGAAUAACAUUCUUGUAUUUAAUUUUUUAUUAUGAAGUUAAUGAUAUCAUAAUACCAAAAUUUGAUCCAUAAAUUGUUGAUGUGUAAAAUGAUGGAUCUUUAGAUUUAUUGGUGAAAUAUUUGAAUGGACUUUCGAUGCUAAUAAAUAAGCAAAAGGUUUAAGAUAUAAGAACAGCUAUAAGAGCAAAGCCAAUAGAGAAUAUGGAUAAGAGGAUGGAAAAUUUACGUAAUAAAAUGCAUGAGUAUUUAUGAUUAAUGUAUAUAACCUAAUUAAGUG